AAAUAUUUGUGGAAAAUAUAUACAAGAUGAUUAAUUGAAUAACGACAAUUUUAGGCAAGAUAAAGUUGGAAGAGAGAAACAAUAAACGCAGCUCGUAACCCUAACGACUGAGUUUUUUUUCUGGUGUCACUCGCAUUUUCACAAUCGCCAUUUCAGAUCAGCUCAUUCACCUGAGCAUCGCAGAGAGAGAAAGAUGAGCGGAGUUGGGAAGAAGGUGGUUGACGUGGCAUUCAAGGCUGGAAGGACCAUCGACUGGGAUGGUAUGGCCAAGCUGCUCGUCUCCGACGAGGCUCGCAAGGAGUUCGCCACCCUCCGCCGCGCCUUCGAUGAGGUCAACAAUCAGCUUCAGACCAAGUUUAGCCAGGAACCCGAACCCAUAGACUGGGAUUAUUAUAGAAAGGGGAUUGGUUCUCGUUUGGUUGAUAUGUACAAGCAAGCUUAUGACGAAGUUAAGAUUCCCCAGUAUGUUGACAAAGUCACUCCUGAGUACAAACCCAAGUUUGAUGCCCUGUUGAUAGAGCUGAAAGAGGUUGAGGAAAAGUCGUGGAAGGAGUCUGAAAGAUUGGAAAAGGAAAUUGCUGAAGUUCAAGAGCUGAAGGAAAAGUUUAGUACCAUGACUGCCGAUGAGUACUUCGCAAAACAUCCUGAGCUCAAGAAGAAGUUUGAUGAUGAAAUUAGAAAUGAUUACUGGGGCUAUUAGUUUUUUAUUUUGCGCACGGGUUCCCAGGAAUUCUCUUGGGUGAACCUGUUCCGUUUCACUUCAGUUCAGAAAUAAAGAGAGAACAAAUAUCGUUUUCCAUUUUGUUUCUUGGGGUAUCUAAUAACACUGAGAUACACUUGUUACAGCUUGCAUUGGAUUAUUAUAAUUUGUGUGAAUUAUGCUGAGAGUGAUUUCGUAUGACAAGCUUUUGGAGCAUAUGUGCAUUGUAUGCAAAUCGAGUUAUCUUUCACCUAUUUGUGUCCAAAAUAUUUGAACUAUUGUUCGCCUAUAUUUCUAAAAGCUCGAUCGCAAGUUUUCGGUUUCACUUGCAAUAAGUAGC